AGACUUGGCCCAGAGGUGUUGUAGUUGGUAGAUCAGUGCCGAGAAGCCUAGCAAUUGUGCCGGGUCCAUGGCGCUAAAACGCAUCCAGAAGGAGUUGGCAGACCUCGGAAAUGACCCGCCGGCCAAUUGCUCUGCGGGCCCAGUGGGAGAUGACAUGUUCAACUGGCAGGCCACCAUUAUGGGACCUCCAGAUUCAGCCUAUCAGGGCGGGGUAUUCUUCUUGAACAUCAACUUCCCAUCGGAUUACCCCUUCAAGCCGCCCAAGGUGCACUUUACUACGAAGAUCUACCACUGCAACGUGAAUUCGAAUGGGGCGAUCUGCCUUGACAUUUUGAAGGAUCAGUGGAGCCCCGCAUUGACCAUCUCCAAGGUCUUGCUGUCCAUCUCAUCUCUGCUGACAGAUCCCAACCCCAAUGAUCCGCUUGUACCCGAGAUCGCGCAAGUCUAUCUCAAGGACCGGGCCAAGCAUGAUGCCACAGCACGGGAGUGGGUGCAGAAGUAUGCCACUUAAGUGAUCUGCCGACGAGCAGUGUUUGGCAUUGAGCUGUGAGCUGCCCUCUUGCAGAAGCGGGUAGCUGGCGCUCAGCUUUUGAUCCAGCUUUGCGCAAAGUGAAGCAGUUCUACGAACGGCGCGAGUAUGCUAUGUGAGCGGGCUAGGAAUGACUCACAAGCAGACUAGAUAGCAGAUUCAGUGACUGACAUGAGGCCGAUCGGCCCACAGUCAUGGGGAAAAGGCAGUUGCAGUCUUGCUGAUUCACCAACUGAGCAUGAGCAAAAGGAAUAAUGUAAUUAGCGGACUUGGCGCUUGCAUGUCUUCUAGGUUGAGGUGCCACAACCCUUGGUAGUCAUUCACGAUUGCAG